UGGAGGUGAGGUCCAUGGCCAACCCUCCUGCGGCUGUGAAGCUGGCUCUGGAGUCCAUCUGCCUGCUGCUUGGUGAGAGCACCACAGACUGGAAGCAGAUCCGCUCCAUCAUCAUGAGAGAGAACUUCAUCCCCACCAUCGUCAACUUCUCUGCCAAGGAGAUCAGUGAUGCCAUACGAGAGAAGAUGGAAAACUACAUGUCCAACCCCAGUUAUAACUAUGAGAUUGUCAACUGGGCUUCCCUGGCUUGUGGUCCCAUGGUGAAGUGGACGAUUGCCCAGCUCAAUUAUGCAGACAUGUUAAAGCGAGUGGAAUCCCUGAGGAGUGAGCUGCAGAAGCUGGAAGAUGACACCAAGGACAACAAGCAGAAAGCCAAUGAGGUGGAGCAGAUGAUCAGGGACCUGGAAUCCAGCAUUGCCCGCUACAAGGAGGAGUACGCUGUCCUCAUCUCCGAGGCCCAGGCCAUCAAGGCGGACCUGGCAGCUGUGGAAGCCAAGGUCAACCUUCCUGCCACCCCACAGUUACUAUAGCUACCUGCGGGAAGCCAAGGUCAA